AUGAGCGUUGUACCAGUACUUGUAGCAGCGAUGUCAGAUUCCAACAAAAUUUGUAUUAUAGUAGUCUGCACAAUCCUUGCUCUGCUGACUGUCUUGAGCGUUCUCUACUGCUGGUAUCGUCGGCGCCCCCAGCGUGGGGCUUCGCUGAGGUCGUGCAUUGUGGCCGCGACGAUCGACGGCGGCGAAGAGCUUAAGCUGAGCGCCUUCCUGGCUGAGCUGAAGGCGAGCACCAGCCAGGCCUAUCGUUGCCCCGGCGGCGAUCGCCCUCCGCCGCAAUGGCCGAGACAAGGGCCGGAUCCUAUGCGUGAAUACUUCCGGCAGCGCCCGAUCGCCCGCCCGACCCGCGUUCCGCCGUCGCCGCCGCAAGAAACUCGCCCGCGCAGGAGAGCAAAGAGGCGCCGCCGCCACAAGGCACCCCGCAGGAGCGCCCAUCCCGCCACCAGGAGGAAGUCGCUGGUGGGCGCGUGCGCAGAGGCGCCCCCCGAAAGCGGCAGCGGCGAAGGCACCGCCGCCGAAAAGGAAAAUCGGGCCGACGCCAGCGCCAGGCGCGCCGACAGCAGGGAGAACGACUACGCCCACGGAUGGGGGUCGCGGCGCCGCGAGACCAGAGUGUUUCGGAAGGGAAGUGGCCGACGGAGGUCCCUCAGGAGAGGCAGAUUGGUCCCUCUCGAGGCUCACCCUGCGGCUGGGGGAAGGACUCCCAGGCCCGCGAAUCAGAGGCAUUCCGCAGGACUCCAUCACCCCGAGGAUUGCGAGGAUGUGGUGCCAGGUCCUCUUGGCUCGCCGACCUCCUCCUUCGCCAGUCAACGGGAGAUCCUGACUCCUCCUCCUUCGCCUCCGCUCAGGCCGCCUGGCGAAAAAUACCCCCCCUGCCCCCUCCUCAGUCCCUCAGCACCGCCUCCGACCCCCGCCAUCAGCCCGAGGGAGAUGGUCAGCCUCCUGGAGCAGCGGGCGGCCGCGUCCUUCCCCGUGCCGUGGGUCGUGGUCAGCAGCGUGGCCCCGAGCGAGCGCGGCGUCUGGCCGCCCCUGGCGCCCUGCCAGCGCAACAGGCGCAGGCUGCAUUCGGGAAUGUGCCUCCCUCGGGGAUCAGACCUGCUCACGGCGGACGACGCGGAGGACAACCUCGCGACUUCGCCCGUCAUCCGUCGCAGGUCAAGGAGCAAGGGCAAGGAAGGUCAAGGCAGGCCAUUCACCCCGCCCACGCCAGAUCUCAACAGCCAUGGCUUCAUUGUGUAAACAAGCGGAAGGUUGCUUAGUGCGAUGGAUAAUAGUUUUCGCAACAGACAGACAGUGAAUGUUCGUGUGAGCUGACAUGUGACCCUUUGCAGCAUUAAAUGCACUGAAUAAUUUCCAGAAAUUGUAUCAAUAAGCUAGUAAUGACGUAACGCUAGUUCAAGAUAUAAUUCCAGCUUUAACCCGCUGGGUUGGAAUGGUAUGGCGUACAUGCCAUGUCCACUGUGAUUUUUAGCUUAGUAUGUUUAUAUGUAGGUGGCUCCACAAGUACCAAGUCGACACGGAUUCAUUUCAUAGUCCUAUUAUCUCGCUUGUUUAUCCCAUUUCUUGAUUAUCGGAAAUAGUCUUUUAUUAUUAGUAGUAGUUCAGGGGUUGAAUGUAAGAAAUAACCGGAAAAUGGUUGUAUGUUUGAUUUACUCCUUUAAACUAGUUUUCUUCCUAAUUUAUCGUCAAUAGGAAAUAUAAAUAAGGUGUAACGAGUGUAUAUUUAAUUUCAAGCCAUAAUAUGCUUCACGAAUCUAAAAAAAAAAAAAAAAAAAGAAAAAAAAAAAUCCGGUCUUAUUGUCGAGUAAAAACAUUUCCAGAAUGUGCGAUAGUUACCAUGAUUGUAGUGUGCGUUACAGUGUGCUCCACUGUAAGAAAAUGAAAUAAACACUUUAAACACACAAAGCGUUCGUUAUGUUACUGUGUUUAUUUCGUGGCGAUGGUGGAUAAUAAGUGUAGAAAGGUAACGAAGAAGGUCCUUUGAGACUGCGGGGAUUCUUUUACUUCUGAAAUCACUUGUGAAAUCAAGAGUGAAGAAACUACUUGCAAAUGGUCGUUAAGAAUUCGAGUACUAUCUUCCAUAACUUUCGAGAAAAAAUACAUGUGAAAUAAUAACACUGAUACUUUCACUGCAUAAAAAGUGCAAUAUGGCCAAAUUUACUUUUUAACAAUGGUGACACGAUCGUAGAAGCCGGAAUCAGUGACAAAUAAAUCAAAUGUAUCAGUAAGAUAUGGGAGAC